CACCAAUAUGCUCGAAAUAGCUUGCUUCAACGAAACCUCAGCAAUAACAGCAGCCGAAAGUGGAGCGGACAGAAUCGAACUCUGCACAGACUACGCCGUCGGCGGCGUGACACCCCCCAUCAACUCACUUCAUUCACUCCGGAAGAAAAUCAGCAUACCCGUCAAUGUCAUGAUUCGGCCCCGAGCCGGGGACUUUGUCUACACAGACUCUGAGUUCGAAGCCAUGAAAGAAGAAAUCCGCUGCUUCAAGCCGUACGCGAGCGGAUUCGUGUUCGGCAUCCUCGACAAGAAUCACCACAUUGAUAGAAGGAGGAAUAGGGAGUUGGUUGAACUUGCGUCUCCGUUGCCAUGUACUUUUCAUCGGGCGAUCAAUCAAGUGCAAGACUUAUCAUUGGCGACGGAACACGUAAUUGAAUGCGGAUUCACCUCUAUUUUGACGAGUGGAGGUCCGACUGACGCUGUUGCUGGGGCGGAAACUGUGGGAGAGCUGCAUCGGGUGUUUGGGGAUAGGGUAACGUUUAUUUUGGGAGGCGGUGUUCGGUCGACGAAUAUUGGGAGUUUGAAGAGCAAGGCUAAGCUUGAGUGGUAUCACUCUGCGGCUUUGAAGGGGCCUGGGGAGAUGGUGGAUGGGGGAGAGGUUGAGCGAUUGUGUCGCCUGCUG